GAAAGAGAAGCAAAGUUGUGUGAUUCGUGCACCUUUGAUUAUAUUAUCGCUCUUAUCGACGGCGAUAAAAAGCAUAUAUCAAAAUAAGCGUCACGUGAUAGUCUAGAUGACACAAGAAUGAGGUCACUAAUAUACACAACGCGGCACGUUUCAUAAGGGAACGGUUGAUAGAUUGAUAGGUUAAAACUCUUGAUCUUGAGUAUCUCUUUGAUUUUGAUAUAUACCGAACGAAUAUAUUUUUAUCAAAAUUUAAUUAAGUGGAACGGGUCAAACUACACAUUUGCCAGAAUAACGAAGUAACAGAAGCCAGGGCUAUUUAUGCCGAAUAACGAUCUCUCACGAUGGAGCCUGGUACGAGCAGCCCGACAGAUGAUUACACGGAGAUAAUACGAAAACUUCCCGUUUACUUGAAAUUAGCCUACGGCACGGGUCAUGUACUAAACGACAUUUGCGCUUCCAUGUGGUUCACCUAUCUGCUAGUAUUCUUUCAUCUGGUUCUCGGAUUCGAUCCGACUUUGGCUGGCGCCGUGUUACUCAUUGGUCAAGUAGCGGAUGCCCUGGUCACACCGUUUGUCGGCUAUCAGUCCGACAGGAACGACAACUUUUGGUUGUGCCGAUAUGGCAGGAGGAAAACUUGGCACUUGAUAGGCACCAUUUGUGUACUACUAGGAUUCCCAUUUAUAUUUUCGCAAUGCAUCGGCUGUGAAUACGCACAUCAAUAUGCACAGUUAGUUUAUUACGCUGCUUUUGUCGUAAUCUUUCAAUUUGGUUGGGCAGCGGUACAGAUAUCGCAUUUAGCCUUAGUCCCAGAGCUAACGCCUUCUGAACACGAGAGGACUGAACUCAUAGCUAUAAGAUUCACGUUUACUGUCUUCUCCAAUGUUCUCGUUUACUGCAUUAUGUGGGGUGUGCUACAUGUAACGAGCGAUGAGUAUAAUUCUCAGAUUGGACCUGGUGACAUUUAUAAAUUUCAAGAAGUUAUUCUAAUUGGGCUAAUAGUUGGACUCAUAGCAUCCAUUAUAUUUCAUGUUGUUGUUAAGGAAAGUGCUAAUGGCGAUGCUAAUGGUAGUUUUUUACAUAGAAACGGUAGGACAGCAUUAGUGCUAUUGCGUGACUUCAGAUUGUAUCAGAUAGCUUUUGUCUAUAUGCUUACACGACUAUUCAUCAAUUUGUGCCAGAUUUAUAUGCCUUUGUACUUACACGAGUCACUGAAUAUGCCUGCCACUUCUCUGGCUUAUAUACCAUUGACGAUGUAUCUGAGUAGUUUCUUGACAUCCUUAAUCAUAGAGAGACUUAACACGAAAUGGGGUCGAAAAAUUGCAUAUUCUAUUGGCGCUUUGCUCGCGAUAUGCGCUUGCAUAUGGAUACAAUUUGGCAAUGAUGAUACAUACACCAAAUAUCAGAUCUAUGCUGUUGCUGUAUUGUUAGGUUCUGCUGGUGCAAUAAUGUUGGUGACCAGUCUCGGUAUCACUUCGGAUCUGAUAGGGAGAAAUACCGAGAGCGGUGCUUUCGCCUACGGAAUUAUGAGUUUUACAGAUAAGAUGAGUAAUGGUCUAGUGGUUAUGCUCAUUCAGUACUUGGUGAAACACUUGUCGUCCGGUUAUGCCAGUUAUUACUAUAGAAAUAUUCUUACAUACGUUUGCGGUGUAUCCGCGGCCUCCGCUAUGCUGAUGAUUCUAUAUAUUAAACCGUUCUCGCGUGUUACGGUCUUCGAUACUUUACACAAUGAUGAGGACGAGGGUUUCAUAGAAACUCCAAAUCCGAUCGACGGAAACUCGGACCAACAGCCGCAAACUAAUACAUAAUCUACGCCAAUAUAUAGUUUGCAAAUAUUUUAGCACAAAAUAUGUAAGAUACAAAGAUAUAUUCAUAUUUAUUUUAAGAAAAAAAGAAAAUAAGCAAUAUAUAUGCUAUGCGCGCGCUAUGAUAUGUGAUAUGUAUUGAGAGCAGAUUAUUAUAUUUUUUAUUCGAGAUCUACGAUUGAUAUUAUCGUUGAUAUUAAUACAAUUUUAUAUAUUUUAAUAAUGUUAUUGUAACAUUUAUUUCUUUCGUUCUAUUUUAAUGCAUUUAAUGUAAUACGAGAUUAAUGUAGACAACUUUUUGAAUUAAAUAUUUUAAAUUUU